GCUAACAUGCCCCAACACAGACCCGCCUGUCAACCCAUGUUCGCAGAGGCAAUGGGACGAACCUCUCUGUCGUCUAACAAGGGACCGCCUUCUAGAGACGGCUCUUGAUUCGACAGAUCGGGCUCGCCUCCUCGCUACUGCGGAAUGGGAGUCGGGUCUGUGGCUGCAGACACUACCAUCCAUCACAAUAGGUACAUUGCUGGACAAUACCACAUUCCGGUUGGCUACCUGCCUCAGAAUAGGGGCAUCAACAAAUGUGCCCCAUCGGUGUCAGUGCGGAGUUAUGGUGGAUAAUCUUGGCCACCACGGCCUUUCAUGCAGCCGAAGUGCUGGGAGAAUUCCUCGCCACGCCAGCCUCAACGAUGUCAUCCGGAGGGCCCUUGUUAGUGCAAAAGUGCCGGCCGUCCUCGAACCCAAUGGACUGGCUAGGGUUGACGGCAAGAGGCCUGACGGAAUGACGCUGGUGCCUUGGAGUAUGGGUCGGCCGCUUGUCUGGGAUGCUACUUGUGUAGAUACCCUGGCGCCGUCCCAUGUUCCAGGCACCAAAGUUGGUGCUGGGGCGGCUGCAUCAUUGGCUGAAGACCUCAAGCGUCGCAAGUAUGUCACCCUCGGCAGUAGUUACAUAUUUGCGGCGUUUGGGGUCGAAACCAUGGGGCCGUGGGGGCCAAGUGCGCGUUGCCUCUACAAGGAGCUAUCUAAGCGCCUUAUAGACGCUUCUGGUGACCAGAGGGCUGGUCAAUACCUUGCUCAGCGGAUCAGCAUUGCUAUCCAGCGGGGCAAUGCGGCCAGCCUUCUGGGCACCUUACCCAACGAGCAAGACCUGGGCCAAAUAUUUUAUUUAUAAGUUUUAUUGUAAGUUU